AUGGCGGCCGCGUUGCCCCUGGCGACGGCGGCUUCCGGCCGGGCGCGGCGCGCGCGGGCGGAAGUGCUGCGGGUGGCGGCGCGGUGCGCGCGGAGCCGGGCGCGGGCCGGGGAGCUGCGGCUGCCGCACGGCGCCGUGCCCUGCCCCGUCUUCAUGCCCGUGGGCACCCGCGGCACCGCCAAGGGCGUCACGGCCGCGCAGCUGGCCGCGCUGGGCUGCCGCAUCUGCCUCGGCAACACCUACCACCUGGGCACGCGCCCGGGCCCCGAGCUGGUGCAGCGCGCCGGCGGCCUCCACGGCUUCAUGGACUGGCCCCACAACCUGCUCACGGACAGCGGCGGCUUCCAGAUGGUUUCGCUGGCGGCGCUGGCGGAGGUGACGGAGGAAGGCGUCCGCUUCCGCUCGCCCUACGGCGGCGAGGAGAUCCUGCUCAGCCCGGAGAAGUCCAUGGAGAUCCAGAACGCCCUGGGCGCCGACAUCGUGAUGCAGCUGGACGACGUGGUCAGCAGCACGACGACGGGGCCCCGCGUCGAGGAGGCCAUGCACAGGUCCGUCCGCUGGCUCGACCGCUGCAUCGCCGCCAACCGGCACCCGGAGCGGCAGCACCUCUUCGCCAUCAUCCAGGGCGGCCUCGACCCGGCCUUGCGCACCAAGUGCCUAGAAGAGAUGACGCAGCGGGACGUGCCCGGCUUCGCCAUCGGGGGCCUGAGCGGCGGCGAGGAGAAGACCUGCUUCUGGCGCAUGGUGAAGCUCAGCACCGAGCGCCUGCCCCCGGAGAAGCCCCGCUACCUCAUGGGCGUCGGCUACGCCACCGACCUGGUGGUCUGCGUCGCCCUGGGCUGCGACAUGUUCGACUGCGUCUUCCCCACGCGGACGGCGCGCUUCGGCUCGGCCCUGGUGCCCUGGGGCUCCCUGCAGCUGAAGAACAAGCAGUUCGCCAAGGAUUUCCGGCCCAUCGACGCGGACUGCGAGUGCCCGACGUGCCGGGGGUACAGCCGCGCGUACCUGCACGCGCUGCUGCGCAGCGACACGGCCGCCCUGCACCACCUCACCGUGCACAACAUCGCCUACCAGCUGCAGCUGAUGCGCUCCGUGCGGGAGAGCAUCCUGGCCCAGCGCUUCCCCCAGUUCGUCCGGGACUUCAUGCGCACCAUGUACGGCUCCCGGGACAAGUACCCGGCCUGGGCCGUCGAGGCGCUCGCCUCCGUCGACAUCCCGCUGGACUGACGGACCGGAGCCGUCCCGGCGAGCCGGAGCCGUGCCGGAGCCGUGCUGGGGAGCCAGAGCGGUGCCGGAGCCGUGCCGGCGAGCCGGAGCCGCGCUGGCAAGCCAGAGCCGUGCUGGAGCUGCGCCAGCGAGCUGGAGCCGUGCCGGAGCUGUGCUGGGAAGCCGGAGCGGUGCCAGAGCCGCACCGGCGAGCCGGAGCCGCGCUGGGGAGCCAGGGCUAUGCUGGAGAGCCAGAGCUGCGCCGGAGCCGUGCCGGGUGCACAGGACCCCCGGGCAGGGCCGGCGGUGCGGGCGGCCCCGCUUCGCCCCCGGCGCUGUUCUCCUUUCUACACAUACAUUUUUGUACCAAA